AAAAAAUGGCGAUUAUAGUGACAAAUCUUUAGGUUAGGUUAGAAUAUGUGAUUAUUCUAUAUUUUUCUUAAUAUUUUGACAUUUUUUGGUAUUAUACUUAAGCUUUAAUUAUAACAGUGAAUGAGAAAUAGUAAAUGUAUCAUUUAUUAAUAAAUAUAUAAAUAAAAGUAAAAAUGAGAAUUGCUGUGGAAGGUUGUGCACACGGUGAAUUGGAUAUUAUUUACGAAACUAUUCAAGAAAUGGAGAAAACUAAUGGAAAAAAAAUAGAUUUACUCAUUUGUUGUGGAGAUUUUCAAUCGAUAAGAAAUUUAAGUGAUUUACACUGUAUGGCAGUACCUGAUAAAUAUAAAGACAUGUGUACCUUUUAUAAGUAUUAUUCUGGAGAAAAAAUUGCCCCUGUGUUAACAAUAUUUAUUGGAGGAAAUCAUGAAGCUUCAAAUUAUCUUCAAGAGUUACCAUAUGGUGGAUGGGUAGCUCCUAAUAUUUAUUAUUUAGGAUAUGCUAAUGUAAUAACAAUAGGUGGAAUUAGAAUUGCAGGAUUAUCAGGCAUUUAUAAAAGUCAACAUUGGAUGCAAGGACAUCAUGAGAAACCACCAUAUAAUGAAAAUACAAUUAGAAGUGUAUACCAUAUUAGAAAUUUAGAAAUAUUUAGAUUAAAACAGCUUACUGGUAAUAUUGAUAUUUUCUUAUCUCAUGAUUGGCCUUCAGGCAUAACUAAAUAUGGAGAUGAAAAUAUUUUAUUAAAAGGAAAACCAUUUUUCAAAAAUGAUAUUGAAAAUAAUAUGCUUGGUAGUCCACCAUGUAUGGAACUUUUAGAACAUCAUUAUCCAAAUUAUUGGUUUUCUGCACAUUUACAUUGUAAAUUUGCAGCACUUGUUCCUGAAAAAGAAGGAACAAGAAUAACUAAAUUUCUAGCUCUAGAUAAAUGUCUUCCAAAAAGAAAAUUUCUUCAAGUAAUUGAAAUAAAACAUAAUUUAGAUUUACCAUUAAAAUUACAUUAUGACUUAGAAUGGUUAACAAUAUUAUAUUUAACAAAUCAUUUAUUGAGUGUCAAAAGUGGAAUUCAUUAUAUGCCUGGACAAUAUGGUAAUACUAGAUGGAUAUUUACACCAACUGUAGAGGAAAAGGCAUUAGUUUUAAAAAAAUUUAAUUAUAAUUUACAAAUUCCAUUAAAUUUUACACAAACAGUGAAACCAUAUAAUCCUGAUGCUAUAGAUAUAUCAGUGGAACCACCACAAUUAUUAGUAAUAAUCAUUUCAUUCAAAUUGAACCCAAUUGUAAGAAGUUUAAGCGACGAAAUCAUUCUAUAUAUUCAAAUACUCUUUAACUGGAGCAAAAUAUUUUAUUUAUACAUUAAAAUGAAAUUAAUUAUUAUUAACAUAAUGGAUAAACUAACAAUUAUUUCGGGAACAUUGUUUCUUGCUGCCGAUGUAUUCGCAAUUGUAAGCCUUGCAAUGCCUGAUUGGAUUAUAACUGAUGUCGGUGGAGAUACAAGAUUAGGACUAAUGUGGUCAUGCAUGACCCUGUAUAAUAGACCCCAAGUUUGUUAUAGUCCAGAUUUACAGCCAGAAUGGUUUAUGGCUCUUGUUUGUAUUUUUGUUGGUUGCAUUUUGAUAACAGCUACUAUAAUAUUAUUAGCUAGUUCUCAUUGGGAUCGUAAUGUCAUCCCUUAUGCAAGAUGGGUAGGAUUUACAGCUAUGGUACUAUUUUGCUUAGCAGCUGUUAUAUUUCCAAUGGGAUUCCAUAUUGAUGAAAUUGGUGGACAACCAUAUCAAUUACCAAAUUCUCAUCAAGUUGGCAUUUCUUAUAUACUUUUUGUUUUAGCCUUAUGGAUUACAGUAAUUUCAGAAUUAUUUGCUGGUAAAGUUUGUCUGCCACAUUUUUAGCAUCUUUCAUUUUCUGAAUGCAUUUCUUUUAUCUGUUUAAUAUUCUUAAUAAGUAUUACAUACUUUGGAGGAUUUCAAACUAUAUAAUAUAUUAUAAAAUACAAUAAAAUACAAUAAAAAUAAAACUUUUAAUACAUAAAA